AUGAUUGGUGUAUUUAUUUAUGAUCCACUAGCAGCCAGCUCCACCAACACAACAAAUUUAUUUUUGCUUCUAGUAUUUAGUAUGAUAAUUGUGAAUAUUGGUGGUGCAACUAAUGCCCUUAUUCUAUUCUUAAAUAGUUGUGACUACCAAAAGGCAUAUAAGAAGGAAUUCAGUAAAAUUAAACAUCAUCUGUUCAAGUGCUUAAAUAUAAAGCAACAGACAAGUACAAUCCUAAUCCAACCGCGAAUUCAAAAUCAAAUCACAAAAGUUGUUAAUCCAGCAUAA